UCGAAGGAUGACGUGUUGCGAUGACGUUCCAGUAGGUCACGUGUCGCGGUCAGCUGACUGCAGACUUCCGGGUUACUCGGUGUUUACUUCGCUGCUGUGUCUGUUUCUGCGCUUUAAAUCAGCAGCAUGAACAUCUCAGACAGCGAUGAGGACAUUUACAACGAGAGGACGGCGUUGGUUCCGUCGGAGAACCCGGUGCUGCCGUCCUACAGACCGGACUCUGAUGUCGGCCUCCAGAGCGACUCGCCAACCAAACGGCCAGCGGCUGGCAGGAGGACGGGUCCAGUCGCCGUGGACAGCGGCGGCGGCUCGGAUCAGGAGGUGGACGCCGACGACGAGGAGCUGACUCUGAAGUACGGAGCCAAACACGUCAUCAUGCUGUUCGUCCCCGUCACGCUGUGCAUGGCCGUGGUGGUCGCCACCAUCAAGUCAGUCAGCUUCUACACGGAGAAGACGGACCAGCAGCUGAUCUACACGCCGUUCACCGAGAACACAGGCUCCGUCGGCCGCCGGCUGCUCAACUCCAUCCUCAACACCAUUAUCAUGAUCAGCGUCAUCGUGGUCAUGACCAUCUUCCUGGUGGUCCUCUACAAGUACCGCUGCUACAAGUUCAUCCACGGUUGGCUCAUCCUGUCCUCCCUCAUGCUGCUCUUCUGGUUCAGCUUCAUGUACCUGGGCGAGGUGUUUAAGACCUACAACCUGGCGGUGGACUACCCGACGGUGGGCGUGAUCAUCUGGAACUUCGGGGCGGUGGGGAUGAUCUGCAUCCACUGGAAGGGCCCCCUGCAGCUGCAGCAGGCCUACCUGAUCCUCAUCAGUGCCCUCAUGGCCCUGGUCUUCAUCAAGUACCUGCCCGAGUGGUCGGCCUGGGUCAUCCUGGGAGCCAUCUCCGUCUACGACCUGGUGGCCGUGCUGAGUCCUAAAGGUCCUCUCAGGAUGUUGGUGGAAACGGCUCAGGAGCGAAACGAGCCCAUCUUCCCGGCACUCAUCUACUCCUCUGCCAUGAUGUGGACGGUGGGGAUGGCGAGUCAGGAUGACGCUCGGCGCUCUGAAACAGAUGAGGAGGCGGAGCCGAGCAGCGGGGAGGCGGAGCCUCCGAGCCGACGGUCCGGGUCGCUACCGGAGGACGAGACGGAGGAGGACCGCGGCGUGAAGCUCGGCCUCGGAGACUUCAUCUUCUACAGCGUCCUGGUAGGGAAGGCUGCCGCCACCGGGGGGGACUGGAACACCACCAUCGCCUGCUUCGUAGCCAUCCUCAUCGGUCUGUGUCUCACCCUGCUGCUGCUGGCCAUCUUCAAGAAAGCUCUCCCAGCGCUGCCCAUCUCCAUCACCUUCGGUCUGGUCUUCUACUUCUCCACCGACUUCCUGGUUCAGCCGUUCAUGGACAACCUGGCUGCUCACCAGUUCUACAUCUGAGACAAGCCCCGCCCACUCCAUAUGUUGUAGCCACGCCCACUCACUUGACGUUCACCUGUUGUACAUCUGAGACAAGCCCCGCCGACCCCACCUGUUGAAGCCCUGCACACCUCACUUGACUGUUCACCAGUUAUACAUUUGAGCUGAAGCCCCGCCCAUCUCAUCUUACUCCUCAUGGUCCCGCCCCCUCCUGCUGAUGUCACGGAGGAGGCAUGUGUGGGCAUGUCCUUAGCUCAGGUGAGUGUGGAUCCCCUGCUGGCUGACAGUUUAAAGGACCGCUAAACGAGGAGCAGCGCGCUGGACUGUGAUUGGCUGAUGCUGCUGUCAGUCACAUAUAUUCAGCUGUUCCUGGACCUUCAGGUGACGUAGAAACCCGUUCCUUACCUGAGUUCUGCCAGAUGUUUUGGUUUCAUGUUUUCAGACAUGAGACUUUAUUUCCAUCUUCAGAACAUCUGUGGAGAUGUUUGAAGAUUCAGAAACGGAGAGGAGAGUUUCAUCAGGUCACAGUCAUUCAGUGGAUCCAGCAGAGCAGGAAUUUAGAAUCAGAACAAAGCUCACAAACCUCUAACCAGACUGGUCUGGAGUCUCCAUAAAGUUCCUGUCAGUGUUUAUAUCUAUGGAUGGAUCCAUAUUUCUUCUAAAAUACAGUCUUUGGUCCACAUUUCUCCAACUGUUGAGGUUCUACCAUCAGUAGAACCUGAUGCUUCUUCUAUCCUUAAGGCUUAGUUCGUGUCCUGUCUGAUCUCUCCACUCCUCCUGGACGUUCCUGAACCUUCAAACAGCUUCACAGGUUCUUUAGAGGAUGAAAAUUCAGACAUUCACGGGUCUGAAGACAUGAGAUUCUCUAAAUUCAUCCAAAGAUGUUUGACAGAACAAAUGGAUCUCCUAGUCUGGAGGUUGUUUUCGGGUUUUAUUGUCAUUUUAACUUGUGCAGGAGACUCUGAUGUCACAGAAACUUCAGCCGUCUCUAUCAUCUAAAGUCCUGCAGCUCUGUGGAACCAGAAGAACAUGAAGGAGAGAACGAUGGAGAUGUCUUCUACAUGUUGAGCAUGGAGAUAGAGUAACAUCUACAGGAUGAGGAGAUCAGAGGAGCUUCAGGAGAAACCAUUUGGCGGUUCUGAAAAUGUUUCUAGAAACGUCUUCCGGAACCUCCAGCUGGUUCCUCCUGAAGCUCCAACUAUUUAGACCAUUUUGGAAUAAUUUAUGGAGAAUGUUUUGUGAUUUUAGAUCAGUUUUGUGUGCUUUAAGUCAAUUUAUUGAUGUCUUAAGUAAAUUUUGAGUCGUUUUGGGCAAACCUUGCCAUUUUAAACUGGUUUUGAGUAAUUUUUAAAAAUAAUUCUGGACACAUCUUGAUAUUUUUCCACAAGGUUUGAGUUUUUUAUUGAUAAUUUUGGACAAAUUUUGAGUAAUUUUUUAUCAUUUUAGAGAAAUCUUCCCAUUUAAACUGGUUUUGAGUCAUUUUAGACCAUUAUGGAGCAAUUUAUGGAGAAUGUUUUGUCAUUUUAUAUCAGUUUCGUGUCAUUUAGGACAAUUUCUGGACAAUUUUGUGCCAUUUUCACAAGUUUUGAGUAGUUUAUUGAUAAUUUCCAAGUGAUUCUGGAUAAUCUUUUGUCAUUCUAGAUGAGUUUUGUGUCAUUUUAGAUGAUUUUUUUGUCAUCUUAAGCAAAUUUGAGUAAUUUUGGACCCAUUUUUCCAGUUUAAAGAAGUUGUCAAUUUUUUGAUCAUUUUGAGGUAGUUUAGUUGGAAUUUUGUAAUUUCAGAAUUUCAGUCAUUUAGAACAAAUUUUUGUCAUAAAGGCAAAAACGUCACUUUAGUCUUUUUUUGUCAUUUAAGCAGAUUUUGAGUGAUUUUUGGAUGAAUUUGUCAUUUUAAACAAAUUUCACUUCAUUUAAGACACAAUUUUAUGACUUUAAACAAACAGUGAAUGAUUUUGGAGAAUAUUUUGAGGCAUUUUAAUCAAUAUUUUUGACAUUUUGAGCAAAGUUUGGGUCAUUUUAAACAUAUUUUCCAUCAUUCUAACUGAGUCCUACUGCCAGAAGACUUCUCUGAGUUCUUUUUCAUGAUGUUCUGGUUCCACAGAGCUUUAAAAUGAACAUCAGCGAGUUAAAAUGAGACAGAAACUGUAGAGAAUUUAAAGGUUUAACUUGAGCUGAUGAAGGUUUAAACUCUAAUAUCACAGCAGAUGAACUGUGGAUUCAUCAAAUCCUCCAUAAAUCUUUAAAGUGAGUUUUGGUCCAACAGGAGCUUCAUCAGCUGUAGAAAUGUACUGUUAGAUUUCUGUUUAAUAACUUUAAACUUUUGACAUUCUGCAGCAAGCAGAAGAAUAAAAUGAUUCUACUGAA